UUUUAUUUUAAAUAAAGACAACAUGUUGCUUUUUCUUUUUCCUUUUUUUCCCUCUUUUUCCUUUUUUUUUUCUUUUGUUCCCUUAGACAAGAUUCCCUUGUCAAUUGUUGACACUUUUUUUUUAUUGACAUAUAAUAUAUAUCCUUUUUUUUAUUCACUCAUUCUCUUAAUUCAUUCUUUUAUUAAUUCAUUUAUUUCGUAUUUGCCAUAAUUAUUAUGCUGUCUUAUAUGGAAGUUCACCUUUACUAUACUUUACCAGUAGUUGGAUUCUUGUUACUUGGACUUCGACCUUUCUAUACUUCUCAAGAUCGACUCAAAUAUUAUUUUCUUUGUGGUGUGGCCUUUUCGACUGCAGCUCCAUGGGAUAAUUAUAUCGUUUUUCAUCGCGCUUGGUGGUAUUGUCCUCGUUGUGUUAUUGCAGUCAUUGGUUAUGUGCCUUUGGAAGAAUAUAUGUUUUUUAUUAUUAUGACUCUGAUGACUGUAUCCUUUACUAAUCUCGUUAUGCGGUGGCAUCUACCUACUUUUUAUCUCAAAUCUACUCUAUCUUCUUUUCAUUCCAAAUGUAUUCGAUAUAUUCCUAUGUUGGCGUUUCUGACUAUUGCUGUGAAAGCCUGGUUCGCUGCUGUUCCUGAUACUCCUUUUUUUUAUGGUGCUUGUAUUCUUUGGUAUGUGUGCCCUGUUUUCGCUUUACUCUGGUAUGGUGCUAGUGAAUAUAUCUGUCGUCGUUGGAAAGGUGUGAUGAUUUCUGUUAUCGUACCUACUUUAUAUCUAUGUUGGGUGGAUACAAUUGCUAUCAGUGCUGGUACAUGGCAUAUCUCUGAACGGACAAGUACUCGACACUUUUUAUUCUCACAUUUACCUUUGGAAGAAGCUGUCUUUUUCUUUAUGAUUAAUAUUGUCUUGGUAUUUGCUACAUGUGCUAUUGAUCGUGCGUACUCUAUUCUUCACCUUUACAACAUCAAUCGACAACCAUCAUCCUCAUCUUUCUUAAGCACUGUGAUAGAUUUGACAAAGGCAUUUUGUUUAUCCGAUCAAAGUUUGGACCCUCAACCUCUGAAUGAUUUAUAUACUACUUGGGCUAUACUCAAAAAUAGUUCUGCUUCCUUUUACACUGCAUCAGCCGUAUUUCCAAGCAAUGUACGUCAAGACUUUGGUGUCCUAUAUGGUUUCUGUCGUGCGACGGACGAUCUGGCGGAUAAUGAAUCUGUGUCUGUGGAACAUCGAAAACAACAAUUGAAUCUUGUUCGAGAUUUCAUUAAUGAUUUGUUUACCCAAAAGACAAAUUGUGCCUCUGAAUUGGAUUGGACCCCUUAUAUGGAUUUACCUCAUGAAUGUUUGGCUUCUUUUCGUAGCUUUGUUCGUUUACGUCAUGUACUUCGAUUGGAAGCUGUAUUGGAAUUAUUGGAUGGUUAUACUUGGGAUUUGGAACGACGACCUAUUUUGAAUGAAGAAGAUUUGAAACGAUAUUCUGAAUGUGUGGCUAGUAGCGUUGGUGAAAUGUGUACUCGUAUCCUGAUGAACAAUGAUUUGAAGAUGAUGAUGAUGGAUCAAACAACAUUGGCUUGGACAAUAGACCGUGCAAGAGAAAUGGGCUUGGUACUUCAAUUUAUCAAUAUAGCAAGAGAUAUUGUGACAGACAGUGAACAAUUAAAACGAUGUUAUAUACCCUCAACAUGGUUGGAAAAAAAAGAAAUGGAGUUGAUCAAGACUGGCCAUGCAAGACAACUUGGUGAUCAAAGAUUGAAAGAACUGGCUCUCCGAUUGAUUCAUGCCGCUGAUGAUCUUAGUCUCCGUGCACGACGUGGCGUUGAAAAAUUACCAUUGAAUUGUCAAGGUGGUGUUCGAGCAGCUUGUGCAGUUUAUUGUGCUAUUGGUCAAGCUUUGAAACAAGCGGAUGAUUAUCCUAUACGUGCUCAUGUGAAAGGUUUACAGCGGGUCUGGAUUACUCUUCAAAAUGUAUAUGAUCUUAUUGGAAAUAAUAAAAUGAUGACUCCUUCAACUAUUAAUCAACCCAAAACCCGACAAGGAAAGGUUCGUAGCUUUAUAGUUGAUUAGUGUGUUUAUUAUUAGUACUUUUUUUUUUUAUAAUUAUUCUUCUUAGUAUAAUUCUUUAUUGAUUUAAGUCUUG